UUAGUCAUUAGUGCCCUCCUGGCCACUCUGGCGUUUCAGCUAUCAGGCAUCAGCUGACAGUUGUUGGUUCUUUUGAUGGCACCACUUUUUUCACGCUUUUUACUUAUCAUAACAUUCGGCAUAAGAAGACAGUUUAAUUCCAGACUGUGAUGGCGUAACGAGUUGUGACAGGAUGCUGAGGAGCAUGUGCGACGUAAUAUGUUGAUUUUCGUUUCUCAUGUGCCAAGUGUUGUCAAACAUCCGCCUGGACAUCGUCGCCUCCAUUGUCCUGAAUAAUUAUAUUAAUAUUAAAUUUCAGCCUCUGUGGAAUUUUGGUAAAAAUGGGAGGAGCAGUGAGUAGUGGACAGGAUAACGACGAGUUAGUGGAUAAUUUGAUAGAAUCUGGAUACAUAAGAACAAAGAAAGUAGAAAAAGUCUUUAGAGCAGUAGAUAGAGCAGAUUACUUUUUAUCAUCACAUCGAGAAAGCGCAUAUAAAGACUUUGCUUGGAAACAUGGCAAUAUUCAUUUAUCUGCUCCUUGCGUCUACUGCGAAGUCAUGGAAGGUCUCUCGCUUGAACCCGGGCUCAGUUUUUUAAACCUAGGCUCCGGCACUGGUUAUCUCAGCACAAUGGCUGGACUCAUUUUAAGUCAAAGUGGCACAAAUCAUGGCGUUGAAUUGCACGAAGACUGUUUAAAGUAUUCUUAUGACAGAUUGGAGGAGUUCAAACAGAAAUCGCUGGCUCUGGAUGAAUUCGAUUUCUGCGACCCUCUCUUUAUUCAAGGAAAUUGUCUCAGUGUGAUGCCAGGUAGAAGGUAUGAUAGAGUCUACUGCGGAGCAACGUGUCCCGAGUCUCACGAAGCAUUUAUUAAACAGUUUGUCAAAGUUGGCGGCAUCCUGGUGAUGCCGUACAAGGACCACUUACUCCGAGUCGAAAGAACUGAUGAGAACACAUGGACUCACAAAACUAUGCUGCCAGUUUCCUUUGCUACUUUAGUCGUACCUUGUCCCGAAGCGCAGAAUUUAAUACUGUUGCCUGAGUGCGAUCCUGUUUCACUACAAGAAUUAUGUCGAGGCAGAAUAAGGCGUCGACUGCGGCAAAAUGUGUUGUGCGAACAUUUAGACCUAGAAUGCAAAAAGCCAAUUCUAGCAGAUCGCCGAAGGACACCACCUUCGUCUGCCCGAACCCUUCGUCGUUUCGUUAUUCCAAUUUUCGAGGAAUCCGACGAAGGUUUAUCAGACGAGGACGACGAUUAUACAGGCAGAACGCGACUGUUGCUAAACGUUGAUGCUCAUCCGGGAGAGGCAAUAACGACAACUUUGCAAUUAGUCAGGGCUGUGAUCCAACCAAACAGGGACGAAAAUCGUCCCAACGCGGAAGAAGCACCUAGCGGCAAUACUAACAGAAAUAGUCACCAAAGCGGCGUCGAGUCCGUUGAUCUCACCACGAGUAGCAGCAGCGCAGAUCGGCAAGGUAGUCAGGAGGAAAACCAGUCCCCGAGUACGGAAACCUAUCAAAUUUCUAAUAGCAGUAGCAGCUCCGAAUCCGCCAGUGAGAAACUCAAGGAUCGAACGAAACAAAGGGAAAGUGGAAACAAGGAGAGAAGUCGUCGAGAGUCAAACUUGGAGUCUUAUUUGAGUAUGAGCGAGAGUGACAGCGACCAGGAUCAAGAUUACACAAUUGUCCAGAGGAAGAAGGUGGCAAAGCGAGAAAAGGCCGACAGCGGAAUCGUCGAGGACGUGGCCAUCGCUAACGAUGACGGCAGCUCGAGUUCGAACACACAUCCUUCAGAGUCUGACAUCAUAGAAACGAUGGAUUUUCAACCUUACGAUGUAUUUCGAGAAAGCAAUACUUCACCCCUCUAUCCGCCCAUAUGCAUUCGAGAACAGAGGCACGGCCAAGGCGAAGAGACGAAUAUGGGACAUUACGUAGACUCGAACGCGUUUUCUUCUUACAUGAAGGAGAAGAUACACCAACUGCCUCUGCCCCAUUCACUCAAGUUAUACAUAAACUAUAAUCGAAAUCUGUAAAAACACGGUAACUGCUUUCUUCCUCUCGUUUCGUUUCAUUUAUUUAUAAAAAUAGAGAGCAUAAUCUUGAUUCGUAUUUUUUUAAUGUGAAAUAUUUUAUGGGUACAUGUUUUUUUAAAUAGCUGAAUUAAAUUCAUACCUGAAGGACGGCAGUUCAUUUUCUCUCGGAAGUUACUUUACUCCAUAAGAUAUUUUGUUUGUUUUGGCCUUAAAUAGAAAAUGAUCUGGCGGCCGUGAGAUAUGAAUUUAAUUUAGGUAGUGUAUAUAAUUCCGGACACAAGCCACAUUCUCUUCUCGUUUUAAACUCCUAUCUCCCCUUUCCAGGUCCGUGCUUAUAAAAGAUUUAUUAUUUUAAAAUAUAACGAAAUAUUUUCAGUUGAUUCUUGUCUGCUACUGGCGCCCUUCGGUCAAGACUUUCGAUGUUUCAAAUUUAAUAAUUAAACAAAAUUGGCCCCGAAACGAUUUUAUAUUUAAAAAAUAAGAAUUCGGUUUAUGAAGUUUAUAUCUUUUUCUUACGCAGAUAUUUGUUAACCUUUCUAAGAAGUUUAUUCCUUUAUCAUAGUGAUACGAGAGCUUUGCGAUUAGAUCAAUGGAUAUUAAAAAAAGUGCUUUAAACUUUAGAAAAAGUGUUAAGUGAAUACAUUUUUCAUAUGAUGAUUAAUAUAAAGCUAUAGCUCGGUUGCAAAGAGUCUAGUUAAAAUUCCAUUUAGAUUUAACUUAAAUUUCAAGUAAUUAUCGACCAAUUACGUGAUGUUUUAUCGCAUUUCGAGUUCUCAAAUGUUAACUAGACGCGGUGCAACUGGAAUUAAUCGCGAAAGUUAAUUUAUCAGAAGUUGAAUAAAAAUGUACAGUUAAUGAUUGUCGGUAUAAUAAUUAUAUUAAUUAAAAUAUUUAUAAUAAAUUAUAAAGUUAAUAAACAUUUCCUUAUA